AUGCUGGCAUUGCUGUGUUCCUGCCUGCUCCUAGCAGCCUGCGCCACCGCGGAUGAGAGCGCCGUGGAGUCCAACUCCAACACUGCCGAGCAAAUCCGCGACAUGCAUGUCAAAGUGACGGAGAUGUGGCAGGAGCUCACGCAGCAUGGGGCGAGGGAAAGCUGGCCGGAUGCUGGGCUCCACGCCGCCUGCCAUGUGCUGCCUUCCGCCUCACUGGAUGCAGCGCAGCCCCAGAUCACUGGCCUGGUCCUCUUCCGGCAGCUCACGCUCGGUGCCAAGCUCGAGGCCUACUUCAACCUGGAGGGCUUCUCCGCCCAAGCCAAUGGCUCCAGCCGCGCUAUUCAUGUGCACCAGUUCGGGGACGUGAGCCAGGGCUGCGAGGCCACCGGGCCCCACUACAAUCCCCUUCGAGUGCCGCACCCCAUGCACCCAGGCGACUUCGGCAACUUUGUGAUCCGCGACGGCAACCUUUGGAAAUACCGCGCAGGCCUCGCUGCCUCGCUCACCGGCCCCCACUCGAUCGUGGGUCGCGCUGUGGUGGUCCACGCGCGCGAGGACGACCUGGGUCGUGGUGGCGACCAGGCCAGCCUGGAGAAUGGCAAUGCGGGCCGCCGGCUGGCCUGCUGCGUGGUGGGCCUUAGUGGGCCCGAGCCGUGGGCGCGCCUGGCACAGCAGCACGCUGAACGCAGGAAGCGGCGGCGCGAGAGCGAGUGCAAGGCCGCCUGA